AUGUCCGCAGAACGUCUCCCGUCGCUACACACUGGCGUUGGCACUGCCGGCCAUGCUCACCCAUCGCAUGUGGCCAGUUCCGUAUCAUCAGACGAUGCGGUCCAUGAACAUCUCGAAAGCCUCCUGGCCAACGUCGCGUUCAAUGUUGAGUUGUGCGGCCUUGCUCUUCACUCUAAUGCACCACCUCAUGAGAUGCACUAUCCGCGUUUGAGAAGAUCAGAGUCCAAGCAGCAAACGAUCGAUCAUCUCGACAUGAUCUCGUGCUGGAAAGGCAUUUCCAAUGCCCAGGCUCUGGAGCUCACGCUAUGGGAGCGUUUGUUCCAACGAUGUCUGGCCUCUCAAGUCGAGGAUGACUUGCGAUGCCGCACUAUUGUCCAACUAAGCAAAGUUCGAGAUGGUGUUAAAGACGACGAACUCUUGCCUUUCUUGUUACGAUCUCUUCCCAGCGAGCAGAGCCGUCUCAUUGAAGUCAACCUGCCGAAUCUCAUUCACGACAUCAUCGAUGCUUUCUACGGCGAUCACCCCAGCCAAACUGCUGCGAGAAACUUCCGAUGGUCGCUCGGGUCCGGCGAUCUUCCCGGCUUUGUUUACAACUACAUUGUGACCCAGGAUUGCUUCCUGCGCAGUUCAGAGGGUAUGUAUCUGUCAGCCGAGGUUACACUCGACUGUUAUACCAUAUCCGUGGUCAGCAUCGUCGCCAGACUACGUUGGCAACCACCCGAUAUCAAGUUUAGGCCCAGUCCUUCGCAACUUGGGCCGAGAGACCAGUAUAUCAUCGCUCCUUACCGUGUGCCGGACUCUUCGAGUUACAAUCGCUUUUCAGAGAACGUCGAUUAUACAGUGACGCGAUCCACGUCGAUGGUACAAUGGGAUAGUCUUCGCGAGGUAUUUCGUGUACAAGCACCAGACACCAUGACAACAUCCGAGACGCUCGUUCAAGCCAGUAUGGUUACACAAUUCCCAAAAAACGUGCGUUUCGAACGUACAUCGCGGUACAUUGUCAAGGUUGAAGUUGCAGACAGACUUCAAGUCGAUGCGAUGCCAGACAAAUACAAACAACAGGCCGCAGAUGUAUCGAUACUCCCCAUGCCGCCAUAUACUAACAGGCUCUAUUCCAAGACACGCUCUUCACUCAGCAUGCGGCAGCAUCGUGAUCUCAAACCCGGUUUUCUUGAAGCAUUGAGAAAGCGUCAUUCCGAUUCACCCAAGAAACGAAAGGCUUCUUUGCACUCCGCAAGCAACCACGCAACGUCACCGGUGGAACUUAUGCACGGCGAACCUGACACUUGUAUCAAGCGUCAGAAGCUGGGGCUGCCCAGUGGGAUCGAUAUGCAUGUUGGGCUCGCUGAUUUGCUGAAUCACCGGACUGCAGCGGAAGACUGUAGAGCUAUGCUCGAAGCGCUCGAAUCUUUUCGCCAAUCCAUGGAAAGCCGAACUUCUUCUGAUAGGCAGAGACCCAGUGGACUAGCCCUUCGAUUACAUGAAGCAGUCGCUCCAGCACUUGAAGUAGCCCACGCAACAAUCAUUAAAGACCUGUCGAGCCUAGUGAACCUGAAGGACCUGAAGGAUGAUUGCAGUACGCCUUUCAAGGAAAAGAACUUCCCACUCACUUGUGAGAUCUCAGUCAGUCGACUGCCUACGCCGCCACACCCCGCUACAGAAACUGAUUCCAGCUACGCCAGCGCUUCCGAGUCGACCAGCAAUGCUAGUGAUCUCGAUAUCACGAGGACAAUUGUAGGAACCAGCAGUGCCCGCUCGCUGCACUCGGCUGAGCUUUCUCAAGACGAGAUUCAAAAGAACUAUCGCGAAUUUGAAGAGGUCGCUAAACGCAGGAAGACCAACCUCGCUACUGUGUUGAGCUGCGACGUGGGGGAUAUGGAUUUUGAGCGCAUUUUUUUUGGAGGAUAG